ACAAAAUGGUUUCCAAAAUUUAAUAUUUUGCAGAAAUCUCCUAAUUUUUGUGCUGUUAUUGCCAUCUAUAGAAACUUUUCAUAAAAUAUUUUGUUGCAAAUCAAGGCUAAAGUGAUCAGGCAUCAUGAGGCCAAGAGGGGAGAAGAACACCACUUCCCUUGCUGCAGAAUCGAUCAAAGUUAUUUCAGAAUCUGUAGGAAUUUCUGGACUUUCUGAAGAUGCUGCAACAAUGCUGGCUGAAGAAACAAGCUACAGACUCAAAAGAGUAGUGCAGGAAGCAGUGAAGUUCAUGCAUCAUGGGAAGAAAAGAAAGCUUACUAUGCCUGACCUCGAUCACGCUCUAAAAGUCCAGAAUGUCGAACCCCUAUAUGGGUUCCACUCAAGAGAAUUCAUACCAUUCCGGUUUGCCUCUGGCGGUGGUCGGGAGCUCCACUUCACUGAGGAGAAAGAGCUUGAUCUGCAGGAGUUGGUCAAUACACAUCCACCAAAGAUCCCGAUUGAUGUCAGUAUGAAAGCUCACUGGCUGGCAGUCGAUGGCAUCCAGCCAUCAAUUCCAGAAAAUCCCCCGCCAGUCACCAAAGAAAUACAGAAGAAUGAGAGCGUCGACCCGAGCAAUAAACCUACUGUAGAGAAACAGAAAAUCAAACCGAUGAUGGAAGUCACCAAAACGAAACAUAAAAAGAUGCAGGAAUUGGCCAAACUCAAGCCGUACACUAAACAUGAACUUUCUAUGGAGCAGCAGCUGUAUUAUAAGGAGAUCACUGAGGCUUGUGUGGGUUCAGAUGAGUCGAGACGCUCGGAAGCAUUGCAGAGUUUGGCCACCGACCCUGGCCUGUACCAGAUGCUGCCGCGAUUCAGCACGUUCAUCUCGGAGGGCGUUAAAAUCAACGUGGUCCAAAAUAAUCUUGCUCUUCUCAUCUAUUUGAUGCGGAUGGUCAAGUCGCUCAUGGACAACAGCACGCUUUAUUUGGAAAAAUAUUUGCACGAGCUCAUACCUGCAGUAACAACAUGUAUAGUCAGUAAGCAGCUGUGUUUGAGGCCUGAUGUUGACAAUCAUUGGGCUUUGAGGGAUUUUGCCGCAAGAUUGAUGGGUCAGAUGUGCAGAGCAUUCAGUACAAGUACCAACAAUAUUCAGACCAGGAUCACACGAAUGUUCACCAAGGCAUUACAGAGUGAGAAAGCACCGCUUGCCACGCACUACGGUGCCAUUGGUGGUUUGGCUGAACUGGGAACAGAGGUGAUGAAGACGUUUAUUCUGCCCUACAUCAAACACGAGGGUGAAAGGAUCAAGUUAGUCAUGGAUUCACCUGUGCUCAAUAACGCUGACAAGAUAGCGUCAGAACAUGUCAGGCAGCUUCUCGUGAACAAGUUGACUCCAGUUCUUAAGGGCAUGAUUAAUGCCCCACAGACAUUGGAAGAGUAUACCACAGAGUAUGGCUACCUGGGCCAACUCCUCCAUGCAAGUGUCAUCAAGGCGAAGUCCUCUACCACCACUGCCAGUUCUACAGUCACGUCAUCCAGGCCAACCAUUACUAUUCCACAGGCAAGACCCCAGCAGGUUCUUCUCCAGUCUCUUGCCUCACCACGCACGCCAAUCACACCACGACUUCCCGGGACCAUCACACUGCCAAAAACACCCAGCACCCCAUCGGGGACAGGACAACAAAAAUACGUCAUUGUCACCUCACAGAGACCAUCAACCCCAAGCACUCCACAACCACAAUCGAUGAACACUGCCGGGUCGGGGGCCCAGACGGUUGUGAAAAUUGUCUCGGCCCCAAGUCCUAGUACCACGAGUUCGACUCCAAAAAUCGUUGUGGUUUCACUCCCCCAGACCUCGCCGGGUGUGACGACAUUCUCCAAUAGCGGCAGUAUGUCAACUUCUCACGAGAUGGGGAUGAAAAGCAUGUUCAGUUCCAGUGUUAUCAAGACCGAGGGGAAAGCAGACACUGUUGUGAAAAUGGAAACUGAUAAUUCACAGUGACACUGAUUGAGUGCGCUUUUUCAAAAACUGUUACAACCUGUCACCUCUACGGGACAGUCUCUGGUGUUGUGCUUUGAGUGAAAAGACAAGAAAAUUGGUAUUGGUCAAUGAAGAACUCUCAAAAGUCCUUUGUUUGACAGUCACAACCCGUCUUCUCUGCCUCUAGUGUUGUGCUUUUGACUGUAAAGACCAGAAUAUCAUUUUUGGUUUUGCUCAAUAUCUGGCAUUCCUUCAUACAUGACCAGGUGAAGGUGCCUUGAUGCCAAGUAAAACCAGAAUCAAGAUCAUGUUGAUAAAAACUGCAGAACAAUGUUAUAUGCUGUCAAGUAAUGUUUUGUAUGAAAUGAACCAUAGGAUGAGAAAUACAUCUUCAA